UUCGCUUCACUCACGCGGCAACGUACGAAUUUGGGACGUGUCAUCUGGCGUGUGCCUAGCCUAUAAACAUGAAUAAAUCAUACUGAAUAAUACAGGACAAGGCGGCAGACCGUGGGACAAUUCCGUGGGACAAUUCCGUGGGACAGACUGGAAGACCGUCAGGGCCAGCAGUGCUUCGGUUGCAAGCAAUUCGCCUUUCUCACGAUGACGAAUGUGCCGCCAUUUUUGUGGUAAUUUUUUUUAAAUUGUGAGCGCAAUACCUUGUCAGGGCGGCUGUCUAUGAUUUUAGGCUUAAUUUAUUGUUCAAAUGGUCUAUGGAAUCUUGAAAAAUGCUUCUUACAUUGCUAUUAUUGUUUAAACACAUUUAAGAAAAUUGAAAAUACCCCAAAAAUGGCGGAUAUUCGUCAUUGCGAGAAAGGUUAAUUGAAGUAAAAUAUUUAAGAUAUUGAGCAGAGGGCAGAGAGGCUUAAGACUGGCAAGCAGAACUUGGAAGAUGAUAAGUAGCGUUUCCUUAUCUGUUUUUGAAUAAAAAAAUAUAAAAACUUUGAUAUUUUUUAUAAGAAAUAUGGAUACUGUCUCGAAAAAUCACCCAGGCAGCUGCUAUAAUAGCAGCUGUGGAAAAGUUGUAACAAUAUUCUUGACAAUCAUGUUUAUCAGAUGACCUGCUGUCAAGAAAGUAGUUCGAGCAUGAAAUUUAAACGAGAAACGUCAACGUUCAAGGGCUUUAAUGAAUACGGAACUGGUGGUUAUUUGCCUCUGAAAUCAUUGUUGUCGAAUGAUUGUUCACAUUGUUGUUUAAUAUAUAAUGCUGAAUACGACCGUGACACGCGGUUAUAUAUAAAUUGUUUUCGUUGUUUCGUUUUUGUUGUUUCGUUUUUUUUGUUAACCAUUAACUUGUCAUUGCCUUUGGCUUUGGCUUUGGGUGGAGAAAUCAACCAAAAGACUUUUUUGUCUCAUAUCAGCCCAAGGAAAAUUUCCCUGAACCGACCUUAAAUGACCUUAACAAGCUCACCAGGAAAUAUUGUAUAAAUUCCCGACAAUUGGUUGCUUAUAAUUGCUUAUAAAGACAAGCACUCAGCAAACAGCUUUGGCGGUAUCCAGCUAUUGAAUUGUAACACGAGGUUAGUCAACUGCUAGCCGUUGGCAGUAAUUGAGCGACAAAAGUCACGGAACACAACAGCAGAAGAAAAAGUCGGAAUAAAAUCAAAGGAUGAUCCUUUACUCAGUAACAAUGCUUUUCCAGUGUUUUUACCUCUUCGUUUUUGCUAUGCAACAAGUGAAUGCCAAAGACGACAAAUCAGCUCGCCUAACGUUUUGGGAUUCAUUCGACUGGAAAAUAACUAUACAAAGACACCGUCAAGACAUUAUCGCAUUAAAAGGUUUGUUUAAUAUUGACUCGGCAGACCUGGAAGAUAUUAAAAUUCCUGGAGCAACUUGCAACGAAACGGAAAAAAGAACGGCAAAAUUAAGUCGUCCUGGAUUUGUGAAGAUGCAUUGCAAGUGUAAUUUGGAAAGCUCGACAUUUGAUGCAAAACGAAUGACUUGUGUUGCAAACAAGAAACUCAAACAAGGAUGUCGAUUCACGACCGGAUCUUGGCGAUGGAGCACGAGUUGGAUAUGGAGUAAAGUAGAUGAUCCGUUGAUAGUGCUGGAUAUAAAGCAUGCAUAUGGGAUCACUACAGGAUUUAAUGCGACAACUAUAGAAUAUCAGUUUUGUACAGUGGAGUCCAUCAACUACCUGGGUGAAAACAAGCUGGAGACUUCAAAUUCGUCUUUUAUUAACUAUUCCAAACCAGCAAUGUUCAAGUUACAUAACAUAUGGCAUCUUUCAUGGAAUGUUGAUAAUUUGCCAGCUGAAGUUAAGAAAAGUUUGGAAGGAAAAUUUCUGAAAUUUCAAAUUGAGUGCGAAAAACCAGGGCCGCCUGAAAAUGAGGAUGAAGAGUUGCAAAUAUCUUCUUGUAUCGUAGUCAAAGUUGCCGGUCAGUUAACUGUUCAAUCCAAAUCCUGGGGAAAGUCUCAACUGAACAUAACAAACAACAUCGAAGCGAACAUAACAAAAAACAUCGAAGCGAACAUAACAAACAACAUCGAAGCUCAAACCAGUGCAAACGAUGAAAGCGCAUUUCUUAUCCCUUUGCUUGUUUCUAUGGCUAUCGUUUUAACUGUUGUUGUUGCUAUUGCUGUAUGCUAUACAAGACGACUCGUCUGUUUCGCACAAAGAGUGCAAUCUCAUGAAAUUAUACUCCCCGACGAUACUGUCGUUGAGACGGAAUUGAUGAAGAAUGUACACGAUGAAAGUGUCGCUUAAGAUUGAAAUUCACGGCAAAAGGAAAUUACUGAUGAAUUAUAUCUAGGCUAAUUUUUUAGUCUGGUUUUAUUUUCACUUCAUACUUCUCUCUUUCCAACCAAACAGGAUGAAUACUAAAAGUAUUCUUCCUAUAUUUAAGAGGCUGAUCGUAUUUAACAGUAUUUGGGCGAAAGACAAGCUGCCCAUUUCGUUAACAUUCAGAGUAUAUAUAUAUAUAGGCCAUAAGGAUACAACCAGCCCAAUAAAUCACAAAGUCAGUAAGCCAAUUUAUCACCAUUUAGCACCUAAUUCACGAUU